CGAGCGCGAGGGGUGAGCGCGAGGGAGCCCCCCUGCGAGCCCCCGCGCCCCAGGAGCGCCCGCGGCGGCCCCGGCGAGAAUCGGCUCCAGGAGAUGCUAGAAAGUGACAUCCCAUCUAUAAUGUCAGGAAUUAUUCGAAACUCAGGGCCAACUCACCACCCCUCGCCACGGGAAUACAGGCUCUUAAGCUCCUCCAGCGAUGCGGACAUCCUCGGGGACCUGCAGUCUCUGUCCUGGCUCACGGCCGUGGAUGUGCCACGGCUGCAGCAGAUGGCGAGUGGCCGUCUGGACCUGGGUGGCCCCAGCGCACCACCCCCACACCCAGGUGCUGUGGCUGGCGCUGCUGACCUGCAUGUGGGAGCCACUCCAGGCCCCGUGCUCCACAGCCCAGCUGGCCUGGCCCCCCCAGGAGUGCUGGGCCUGGGCCGCAUGGCCACCCACGGAACCAGUAUGAACCAGUUCCCUGUAGGGGGGAAGCCCACGUCUGGCCUGCAGGAUCCGCCACAGCUGUAUUCUCCCACCUCUCAAACCCAGUUCCCGCUGCCCCCAGGGGUCCAGCAGUGCCCUCCUGUGGGCCUAUAUGGCUCCCCAUUUGGGGCACGGCCUCCCUAUCCCCAGCCCCACAUGGCUGCACAUUCAUCUCAGGAACUGCACCCCAAACACUACCCCAAGCCCAUCUACUCAUACAGCUGUCUGAUCGCCAUGGCCCUGAAGAACAGCAAGACAGGCAGCCUGCCUGUGAGUGAGAUCUACAGCUUCAUGAAGGAGCACUUCCCCUACUUCAAGACAGCUCCCGAUGGCUGGAAGAACUCGGUGAGGCACAACCUGUCCUUGAACAAGUGCUUUGAAAAAGUGGAAAACAAGAUGAGCGGCUCCUCGCGCAAGGGCUGCCUUUGGGCCCUGAACCUCGCCCGCAUCGACAAGAUGGAGGAGGAGAUGCACAAGUGGAAGAGGAAGGACCUGGCCGCCAUCCACCGGAGCAUGGCCAACCCCGAAGAGCUGGACAAGCUGAUCUCAGACCGACCGGAAAGCUGCCGGCGCCCUGGCAAAGUGCGGGAGUCUGAGGCCCCCGUGCUGACCACAGUGGCCAUGGCCCACAGCUGCCUGGCUGUCUCUCAGCUCCCGCCCCAGCCACUGAUGACCCUGUCCCUGCAGUCAGUGCCCCUGCACCACCAGGUCCAGCCCCAGGCACAUCUCUCCCCAGACUCUCCUGCCCCAGCCCAGACCCCACCCCUGCAUGCCCUCCCAGACCUGAGCCCCAGCCCCCUGCCCCACCCCGGCUUGGGAAGGGGUCCUGGGGACUUCAUCAACAUCAGCACUGACAUGAACACCGAGGUGGAUGCCCUGGACCCCAGCAUCAUGGAUUUCGCUCUGCAGGGAAACCUCUGGGAGGAAAUGAAGGAGGAGGGCUUCAGCCUGGACACGCUGGGGGCCUUCGCAGACCCCCCGCUCCCGCUUGGCUGUGAGCUGGGCGCCUCCGGCCUCACCCCCAUCUCCGGCGGCAGCGACCAGUCCUUCCCAGACUUGCAAGUGACGGGUCUCUACGCUGCCUACUCGACCCCGGACAGUGCGGCCUCAUCGACCCCCAGCUCCUCUGCACAGUACCUGGGUGCCCCGGGGAACAAGCCCAUAGCCCUGCUUUGA